AUGAACAUCAGCGAUGACGUCAUCCAGUUCUAUGCUAUAGUCAGGAAGUACCAUUGGUGUUACGAGCUCUUUCUUGGCGCCACAUCACUCACUCUGAACUCGAUUGUUGUUUAUAUGGCGAUGACGACGAGGAAUCGAGUAAUUGGAAGCUUCUGCUAUGUGGUCAUCAUGAGCCUGAUCUCGGACAUCAUUUAUGCCGCUGCGAAUGUAAUCUCGAUGAUGGUAAGAGUGAAAUCGGCAGUGCAAGCCCGUUUCCGGUCAGGCGUUCGGACAGUUAAAAAUCAAUCGUCACUCUGCGAACACACCUCCCGACCUUUUAAAUUUCAGGUUGUCGAGGUCAAGGGUGGUCUUCUCUAUUUCAUCACAUUGGGCCCUUUCUCCCACAGCGGAUAUCCCUACAACUUUUUGAUGUGCUCCAUCUACCUGGCCGGCCUUUACAUGGUCUUUUUCAGUAUUGGGCUGCAAUUUAUCUACCGGUAUUUUGCACUGUGUCGCAGCCACUUGACUAUAUUCCAAUUCUCAAUGCUUUUCGUUGCCACAACCGCCUACUGUGCGCUCGAGGCGUUCACUGGGUUCCUUGUGUUUGAUGGGGAAACGCCCGAGGGGACUGAACUGAUUCGUGAACAUCCCAUGUAUAUGCAUGACACUCCAACGUACAUCAUUGUGGAUCCGGUGAGCGCUCGACGGAGUAAUCUCGGCACACUGUAAAUGAGUUUGUCGCGCCGCAACUUCGUCUGCUAUGUUGUAUUGUAUUGUAUGAUCAGCUCAGCGCAUCCCGUUGCAACAGUUGAGGUUUUUUUCUCGACAGACUGAUACUAGGAGGGCCAAAAAGGCUUGACAUGUUUUUGCAACAGUUCGGGUGCAUGCUGCGUCGUUGUAUUCAUGGGCGCCUUAUUUGAUGCUUACCACGUGUUUUUCAGAGAAAACCCGCAGCAAAACUCCAUAUUCUGUCGACUCAACUAAACGUUAUUUUCAUGUAUAUUGUCAUCUUCUACACUGGAAGAAAAAUCAAUUCCAAGCUAAGGGAAGCCUCGAAGAGCAUGAGCCAAUCAACGAAAAAUGCGCAGAGACAACUGACAAGGGUCAUGGUGUUACAGGUGAGUUUUUUUAGGGAGCCGCUGAGCUUCUCUAAAUUAUCCGUUAUGACAGGCAGGGACUUGUUUUUUCCCAGUCCGGUUGCCUCCCGAAUUAAGGGGUUCAACACGUCAAGGGGAGUCUGUCCCUUCAAAAAUUCAUAUUUGGGAUCCACUGUCAACGGAAGUACUCCCAGCACUUCUUGUGAAAAAAACUGUCUGAAGAUGACAAACCUCUCAUACCAUAACGUGCAGUCAUGUCACAGACCGAAAAUUAUACAGUACCCUCCCAAUCUCAUGUCUAUUUUCAGGCCGUCUACCCAACCAUCAUUAUUUGCAUCCCCACGAUGGUUGCCACAGUCUUCACACAACUUCGAAUGGAUGAGGUUUGGGCCGGCCUUUACAUGGUCCCUUGUGCCACUCUAAUUCCAAUCGCGAACUCCGUGACAUUGCUGCUGGCUAUCCCAUCAUUCCGUCGAAGACUUUCUAGAUGGGGGACCUAUAGGAAGUCACAGGUGGAGCAAGCAACAAAGGAGUAUAUCAAAAUGUUUUUAUCGGAGGCGUAGCGGCAUCUCAAUAAGAAGCUGAGAUCAACCAAUAAGAAGCCGAGAGAUUUUUUCCGUUGAAGCGCUCUUGCAAUACCUAAAGUCUGUAUGAUUUUAAUUCCAAGGAAUAUUAUCUUAUAGCGAAUAAAAAUUGUGUCUUGAGACUUUGAGGCGCUGUUGUUCAUGAGCUCUCCAGGCGGACCAGUAUCGUAAUUCAAUUCCAUUUGUGACUCGAUGACGCUGGAGCUACUCGCAUUCGGAUUGUCGUCGAGAACUAUCAGCCUUGCACUCUGAUACAAACCCAGUUGCGUCCCUAAUCCAUCUUUUUUCUGCACUUUUCCAGCGCGCUAGACGUUAUAGCACUUAUUUCAUAAUUUUUUAUGAACCCUGAACCCUGAAAGCUCCACUCAUUUACAUAAUAUGACACUUAUUUCAUAUUAUGUAAUCCGGCCAGGCGUUCGGAUAGUAGGGCAGAUAACCAAGGGAAACUGGCUCUUAUUCAAGGCGGCCGUGAGGGUUUUUAUUGAAAGACCAAAACAACAAAUAUAUUACAGUAACAACAUACACAACAAUGAAAUAAUAAUAGUAUAUUAUAUUUUUAUGCGUCUAAUCUUGGCUACGAACGCCAAUAGGUUCAGGGUAGUGGCGUUGGGGAUGGCCAGGAGUCUGCUCUCCUUUCGUUGAUUCUUGCGCAUUGCAUUCUUGACUUGAUUCUUUCAUAACACUUCUGUUUGAAAAAGUUUGAAGAAUCUGGAAAGUGCAGGAUUGUCAACAGCCAUUAAAAUGCGUUGUGUCCACCAUAUAAACCUUCCACAUAAUUUGCCGUGGUUCACAUGCUCGAGUUGCGCCUGCUUUCUUCCAGUAUCGGUGAGGGUACCUUGGUUUUAUGACCUUUGGUAACUGGAUCCAUCGUUCCAAUAUGUCCGCCCAACGUAUGAACAGAAUGCAUAUUACGAAUCCUGGUUGACAUCACACACAGAUUCACUUCAAAUACGGUCCGGGACAACCUCCCGCAGACUUUCCUUAAACUUCAAAAAAAUCCCACAAAUCCGCUGAGCUUCUUUAAAUUACCCGUUAUUUCUGGCAAGGUUUUUUUUUCUCCAGUCCGGUUGUCACCCGAAUUAAAGGGUUCAACACAUCAGGAAAAAUUUAUCCCUUCAAAAAUUCAUAUUUACGAAUCGCCAUAGGCAUCACGCACCGCUCAAUGCCUAGUAUUAGCCUGUCGAGAUCAUAAUGUGGAUUUGUCGCGCUUUGGAAUUGCGCGUCAUCGCUUUGCGGCGGCUUGCCGCGUCUGGGGAUUUGAUGCGCGGCUGCGAUGAGGCAUUUUUCUGCGACAAGCCCACAUUAUUUCCCGGCAGACAUAUACUGUAAACUGUCUUGUCACAGACUUAAUUACGAGUAUAUACCUUGUCAUUUUUGGUCCACUCUUAGGCCGUCUACCCAACCAUCAUUAUUUGCAUCCCCACGAUGGUUGCCACAGUCUUCACGCAGCUUCGAAUGGAUGCAGCUUGGGCCGGCCUUUACAUGGUCCCUUGUGCCACUCUAGUUCCAUUCGUAAACUCUGUGACAUUGCUGCUGGUGAUCCCAUCGUUCCGCCGAAGGUUUUUCGGAUCAUUGCCCUUCAGGAAGUCGCAAGUGGGACAAACAACCAUGGACUCGAAGAUAAUUUCACUGAACCCAAGACCAAGCGAUAUUUCCGUCACCAAUUAG